AUGUCAGAUCUUGGUUUGAUGAAGUAUUUUCUUGGCAUUGAAGUCGACCAAUCUGAAAGUGGAAUAUUCAUCUCUCAGCACAAAUAUGCUCUUGAUAUAUUGAAGAAAUUCAGUAUGGAGAAUUGCAAAUCAGUUGCAACUCCAUUGGUACUGAAUGAGAAGCUUCAUAAAGAUGAUGGGGAACCAAAAGUAGAAGGUUCUACUUUCAGAAGUCUAAUUGGCAACUUGUUGUAUUUGACUGCUACAAGGCCUGAUUUGAUGUUUUUAGCUAGUCUUUUAUCUAGAUUCAUGCAAUCUCCAAGUCAGAAGCAUUUUGGUGUUGCUAAAAGGGUCCUCAGGUAUUUGAAAGGUACUGCAAACUAUGGUAUUUAUUAUACCAAUGUUGAGGAUGCUACUUUGAUUGGCUAUUCAGAUAGUGAUUGGGCUGGUUGCUUGGAUGAUUAUAAAAGCACCUCUGGUUAUGUUUUUUCCUUUGGGUCUGGAGCCUUCACUUGGAAUUCAAGGAAACAAGACAUUAUUGCUCAAUCCACAGCAGAAGCAGAGUUUGUUGCAGCUGCAUCUACUGCCAAUCAAGCCAUUUAG